AUGGCGAGUCAACCUUCUAAAAGAAAACGAAAUGAGACUACCGCAUUCGAAAAGAGAGAGAUUGCAAGAUACAAGGAAGAACAUCCAAAAGCAAGUUUAGAUUUCCUAAGUAAACACUUUGGUGAAUUAUUUGGACAUUCAGUGGGGAAAUCUACAAUCGGUGACAUCCUGAAGUCCAAGGAAAAAUGGCUUACCAUUCCGGAAGAUUCUGCGGCCCUGUCUCGAGCAAGAAACGCCAAACAUAAGAAAAUGGAGGAGGCGCUCUUUUUAUGGAUGAAUGACAUGACCAGUAAGAAUGCAGCUGUUAAUGACGAGAUGUUGAUUCUGAAAGCGAAAGACUUCGGUGACAAGUUGUCAAUUAAGGAUUUCGCGUAUUCUCGUGGAUGGCUGGCCAGGUUCAAAUCUCGACACUCGAUUUCGAAGCAAGUGCUCCAGGGUGAAGCAGCCAGUGCCGACAAGACUGCAGUCAUCGCGGGGAGGGAGGAACUGAAGAAAGUUUUAAGCGAGUACGACGCCGAAGCUAUUUUCAACAUUGAUGAAACAGGACUUUUUUACAGAUUAGGACCGAAUUACACCCUAGCAACUAAAGCCACGCCUGGUGUGAAACGGUCAAAGGACAGAAUAACUGUGGCAUUGUGUGCAAAUGCAAGCGGAACUGUAAAAGUAAAGCCAUUUGUGAUCGCUAAG